UCGUGAAGAGUGUCACGAGUGGAUUCGUCUCCAGAGGAGUGUCCGUCCGUGUGUGUUCUUAUUAUUAAUUUGUUCGUGUCGUCGGGUGUCUCUGUCUGCGUGCGUUUGGUAUAAAUGAGGACGGUGCGGGACACAUAGGCGUGUUUCCGACUGAGGGGACGUGCGGGAGGCGCGCUCACUGACUCUCUGACUCCGUGGAUGAGAGAUGCUGAGCGCGUGCACACGAGGAGGAGGAGGAGGAGGAGCGCGCACCUUCGCUGACACCCGGUCACCCCUCGUCACGCAGCGCGCUCAGAGGUCCAGGAAAAUACAGAGCGAGUGACCAUCAGUUGGUGUCGCGGUGUGAAGAGCGGAGCACAGCUGUCCAGAUGCGGUUUCGCCUGUUCUCCUUGGCCCUUGUCGUGCUGAACUGUAUGGAGUACGGCCACUGUCAGUCCCACCGCUGGAAGAGAAACAGGAGAGUUAGCAAUGGAUCCUCCGCCAUGUGCCGAGGCUGUUCCAUUUGCUCCAAGGACAACGGGUGCCUCAGCUGCCAGCCCAAGAUGUUCCUGUUCCUGCGGAGGGAAGGCAUGAGGCAGUACGGAGAGUGCCUCCACUCCUGUCCGGCAGGCUUCUACGGCGCGCGAGGCCCUGAGCUCAGCAUCUGCUCCAGGUGUCGGCUGGAGAACUGCGAGUCCUGCUUCAGCAAGGACUUCUGCACGAAGUGCACCACAGGGUUUUACUUGCUCAAGGGCCGCUGCUUUGAGGAGUGUCCAGAGGGCUUCUCGCUCCUCGAGGAGAGCACGGAGUGCGUGGAGGGCUGCGAGGUGGGCCCCUGGAGUGACUGGGGAGCGUGUACCCGGAAAAAUCGGACGUGCGGUUUCAAGUGGGGCCUGGAGACCAGGACACGGCAGAUUGUGAAGAAGCCCCCACGGGACACCAUGCCGUGCCCCACCAUCGCCGAGUCACGCAGGUGCAAAAUGUCCAAGCGCCACUGCAGAAAAGAAGGUUCAGGGAAGCAGCAAUCCAAAAAGGCCAAAGAUUCAACCCCAAAGAGAAAACCAAAGAGGAAGUCGAACAAGCAAAGACUGCAGGUGCAGGCGAGGGACCACCACAGUGCCCACCUGUCCACGGCCCAGACAAGCGCCUGAGGAGCCCCGGUUGCCUUCGCGCAGGCAGGAGCUCCAAGCCGCUAGUUGCCGCUUGGUUGGUCUCCGGCUGCUCGCCUCCCGCAUUGAGGUCUCGCUUCAUCGCAUCGUCUGUUCGUGUCGCCGUCGCCUUUGCAGUGUCUUUCUCGCCCACCGAAGGAAUCGUAGCUGGACUCGGAUGCUACCGGGGGGGUCCGAAGUGGGGUCUGGGGAGAAGCGCUACAGCUGAGAGGAAACCCUUGAUGCCAUGAGACAGUGAGAGCAGGUGGAGCAAACUGCAAAUCAUCUCAUGGCAGAGAACACAGUGAGGAAAGUCUUCAGUCAAAGAGCGAAAAUGAUGCCAAAAAAAGCCCGAAGUGCAUAAUUUUUUUUUGUUUUU